AGCAGGGGGCAGAGGGAGUGGAAGGAGUCUGUGUCACAUGACGGAUGGAGUGCCUGUUUUGAAAGUAAAGGAAUAGAAACAGCAACUUUGAUCUGAGAAUGGAAGCCAGGACUUCAGCCCACGCCUGGAGGAGGCUGAGCCGCUGAAACCGCAGAGGUCAAGCUCAGAGGGAAAAUCAGAGAAGCAUUAGCUGUGGCCCCAACACCAACUGCCAUGUCUGAGUCAGUGGAAUUUUUCCAAUAACUCCCUCUUGUGAGGUUUCUCUCGGGAGGAAGAGGCCCGUGGAAUUUUCUAAGAACUGCUUUUGGAGUCUAAUAUGGAAGGAGCUCAAAGGGUAUCAAAGCGACCAGAAGACACAGAGGUUAAAAAUUAAGUUUCAGGGGAGUAUCUGGAAUGGACAAAAGUCUUCCGUGGAGACGGCCCCGCACACCUCCAGCAUGAAGCUCACUCAUCUUCUGUUAAUUUUGUACCUCCACUGGAGUUCUGGCAAGCGCAUUCCAAUAUCAGCUUCCCCUCCCAAGGAUCUGGUGGACCAGAAGUGCUUACUAAAUAAAUACACACACCGCUCCUGUGACAAAGUCUUCUGCCAGCCAUGGCAGAAAUGUGUCGAUGGAAGCUGUGUCUGCAAACUCCCUUACCAGUGUCCAAAGACUGGCACCCCAGUGUGCGCCAUUAAUGGAAGGAAAUACCCCACUUACUGUCACCAGAAGAGUUUCGAAUGUCUGCAGCCAGAGACAAAGUUUUCAAAUAGUGGAAAUUGCACAGCUGAAGGGAAAUUUAAUGUUUCCUUAAUCUAUGGAAAUACACAUGCAGAGGGAAUUGUUCAAGUGCAACUUGUGGACCAAGAUGAGAAAAUGUUCUUAUGUAAAAAAACCUGGAGCAUGACAGAAGCCAAUGUGGCCUGCUUUGACCUCGGAUAUCAACAGGGUGCUCUUGUAGCACAAAGAAGGUUUAAUAUACCUGGAGAUCUCCGUAUAAACUCCACUGAAUGUCUGCAUGUACGUUGCCGGGGAAUAGAGACCAGUUUGGCGGAGUGCACCUUUACCAAGAGAAGAACUAGCGGUUACCAGGGCUUAGCUGGUGUAGCAUGUUACACACAGGAUACAGAUUCUCCAUCAAAUCAGUCCUUCCAGUGUGUGAACGGGAAGCACAUUCCCCAGGAGAGAGUCUGCAAUGGAGUCAAUGAAUGUGGGGAUCAAAGUGACGAGCUGUGUUGCAAAGACUGUCAAGGCAAUGCUUUCUUCUGUAAGUCGGGUGUUUGCAUCCCAAAGAAAUAUAAGUGCAAUGGUGAAGUGGACUGCAUUACAGGAGAAGAUGAGAACAGAUGUGCAGACCUUGCACGUUCAGAUCAAGACCAAGGAGGGGAAACUGAAGAAACAGAAAUUUUGACUGCUGAUAUGGACAUAGAAAGACAACGGAUAAAGUCCUUGUUACCUAAACUAUCCUGUGGAGUCAAAAGAAGCACACACACUCGAAGGAAAAGAGUGGUUGGAGGGAAGCCAGCAGAGGUGGGAGAAUACCCAUGGCAGGUGGCAAUUAAGGAUGGCGAAAGAAUCACCUGUGGGGGAAUUUAUAUUGGUGGCUGUUGGGUUCUGACUGCUGCACAUUGUGUCAGACCUAGUAGAUACCGCAAUUACCAAGUAUGGACAGCAUUAUUAGACUGGCUAAAUCCCAACUCUCAGUUGAAAGUUCAAACAGUGAGCAGAGUUAUUGUUCAUGAAAAAUAUGAUGGAGCCACAUACCAAAAUGACAUAGCUUUGAUUGAAAUGAAAAGGUCUGGAGGCAAGAAAGAAUGUGAGCUCUCUAAUUCUGUCCCGGCCUGUGUCCCAUGGUCUCCAUAUCUAUUCCAACCGAAUGAUAAAUGCAUCAUCUCCGGAUGGGGUCGAGAGAAAGAUAACCAAAAAGUCUACUCACUUAGGUGGGGCGAAGUUACCCUGAUAGGCAACUGCUCUCAGUUUUACCCAACUCGUUACUAUGAGAAAGAAAUGCAAUGUGCAGGUACUGCUGAUGGGUCCAUCGAUGCCUGCAAAGGAGACUCUGGAGGCCCCUUGGUCUGCAUGGAUGUCAACAAUGUGACUUACGUUUGGGGCAUUGUGAGCUGGGGUGAAAACUGUGGAAAACCAGAAUAUCCAGGUGUUUACACCAGAGUGGCUAAUUAUUUUGACUGGAUUAGCUAUCACGUGGGAAGACCCCUUAUUUCUCAACACAAUGUCUGAAGCUAUGACCUCCUUCUUUCUACAUUUAUUAAUCCAGGAGUCAUGUUUUAAUUAAAAUGAAACUGUAAUUAGUUCUCAGAGCUGGCAAGAGCAAGUCUUAUUGGCCAGUUCUAAAGGUUUCUUCAAAGUCCAUGCCAUUUUAUAAUUCUGCUGUAUAAUUUCCAAAUAAAUAUUCUGCUUAAGCAUA